GGAGAAGAGUUUUGGAGCAGUUCAACUCCUCCUCGCCAGUUUGCUCAUGGGUCCGCCUCCUGCCCGCGCUGCCCCAGCAGCAGCAGAUGCCGGCUGCUCUCUCACAAGAGUGCACGGUUUCUCUGGAGCCAUUAGCCCACAUUCACAGCGACCGUGAGAAAGAAAAUGACACGGCGCUAUAAUGCGUGAAAUCCCUCCGUCUGGGGACAUUUUGGAAUGCGCACAUCUGAUUCUGGAGCUAUGAAUUUUCACCGGAGGCUAAAUUGACUGGUGACGGGCUUUGCCGGAUUUGGCACAUUUGCCCACUUGCAGCAUUCCGUCUCCCGUCCCGUCGUGGCCCCGUGAGAUCCACAACAAUGUAUAAGUUGUGCGCUCUCAUCGCGGUGUGCUGCGCGUUUUGUCCGCGGGGCUCCGCGGCGCCAAGGAGCGCGGGCGCAGAUCGCAGCGCACAGGGUGCGGGCGAUGCGGAGCAGGUCGACAGGCUGCAGGAGGAGGUGGAUGGUCAGGAGAGCAUCCUCUCGAAGCUGCUGGGUGAUUAUGACAAAGUGAAAGCCCUCUCCGAAGGCUCUGACUGUCGGUGUAAAUGUGUUGUCAGACCCCUGAGCAGGAGCGCCUGCCGGCGGAUAGAAGAGGGCAGCGCCACCGCGCAGGACUUCUUCACCGUGGAGACUAUCACGUCCGGACCCGAGUGCAAGUGCGCCUGCAUCGCUCCUCCGUCGGCGGUCAACCCGUGCGAGGGGGAGUUCAGGCUGAAAACACUUAGGGAGGCUGGGAGAGAAAAUGUCAAGUUGUCCACCAUCCUUGAGCUGCUGGAGGGCUCCUUUUAUGGCAUGGAUCUACUGAAGCUGCACUCCAUCACCAAUAAGCUCCUGGAUCGCAUGGAUCAUAUUGAAAAGGCAGUGUCUCUGAACAAAAGCACGGUCAGGGUGAAGCCCGAGGAGAGACGUCGUACUGAGGCACAUGUGACUGAAAGCCCGCCCUCCUUUCCUCCACCACACUGGCAUCAGGACAAGAAGGUCCUCGCUGAGGUCAGUGUGGCAGCAACGCAUCAGAGCCCAGAGGGAAACUAUGAGGAGAAGUUUAUUGGGGAAAGUAUGCCCUUCCCUCGGACAGAUGGCUCUGCUCAGUUAAUUGAUGUCAAACCGCCGUUGACUCCCAAAAACCCGGCUGACAAGGAGGCUUCUCAGGUGUCGAAGACUGGCCCCAAUGGGAUGAUCAUCAGAGGGAUGACUUUUUAUAAAUCGGAGCCAGAUCUAAUGGUGGCAGAUGAUGGGGAACCCGGCGAGAACCUUUUUGAAUAUCAUGGAUUCAGUGGUGACGGCCCAAUCAACCUCUUCAUUGAGGAGAAUCUUCUUCAGCACAGAGUCCCUCGCCCCAGGACGAGGGCGGGACCGAGAACAUUUCGACCAAGGACAACAGCUCCUUUGCCAAGUUCCAAGGCGACCAGCCAAUCAGCAAAACCAAAAGAAACGGACACCUCAGAAACCCAUAGCGAGUCCGUCAGUACCAAAGAAAGCACAUCACAUCACUCUACAGAUGCAAAAAAUGACACAUCCAUGAGUAGAAGUGUCACGCCUGGCCCAACAACUACCACACGAAAAACCAGGACGGCAGACACUGCCCCUGAGACCACUCAAACAGUCACCGCCGGAAUCACUAAGUGGUCAAUUCCUUUGGAGGAUGAACCAGCCGGCACCCCACCAAGCGUCACUGUCAAGGAAACAACCGUGACUACAAUGAACACAAACCGUCCCUCGGAAAUUACAGCCACACAGGAAAUCCAUCGAGCCUUCACAGCAAAAAAAACACCAGCCACCGUGACGGAAACGUCUACUCUGGAGCUGAAAGAGCAAAUGCAAGCUUUACCUGGCAGCACUGCAUCAAAUCCAACCACAGAGGCAUCAACCAUCAGGCCGGCGUCCACUGACUCCAUCACAACCCAUGCUGCCCAGACCGUGUCACCAACACACCCCACGGAAGCUUCCUCAACAGCUACCACCAUGCAGGCCACUACCACACUCGAACAAAAAACUGAAUCCACCUUCUCUUCAGGUUCAACUUUGCCUCCUACUAUACAGAGACGGACCACUUUGUCUUCCUCUUUGCCCUUCACUACCCCUAUGACCACCUCAUCUUCAGCCUCUGCCACCACCGCCCCUACCACUGAAUUCACCCCUACCACCACUACCACCGCUUUCACCCCUACCACCACUACCACCCCUACCACCGCUUUCACCCCUACCACCACUACCGCCCCUACCACCGCUUUCACCCCUACCACCACUACCACCCCUACCACCGCUUUCACCCCUACCACCACUACCACCCCUACCACCGCUUUCACCCCUACCACCACUACCGCCCCUACCACCGCUUUCACCCCUACCACCACUACCACCACUACCACCGCUUUCACCCCUACCGCCCCUACCACCACUACCACCACUACCGCCCCUACCACCCCUACCGCUCCUACCACCACUACCACCCCUACCACCACUACCACCACCACCACCACUACCAGGCAGGCCUUAGUCAAACGGAAGUUCAAAAUCAGUUGGGAAGAGGAAGAGGGGGAGGCAAAAAAACAGGAAUUAGAUGAACCAAUGCAAAGACAGGAGGAAUCGACCUCGGCAAAACCUGGGGACUGUAAGGACACUUUGGCAACAAUCUCCGAUCCAGUAACUCACAACACCUAUGGCAGGAAUGAAGGAGCGUGGAUGAAAGAUCCAAAGUCUGAUAAUGGCAAAAUUUAUGUUACAAACUUCUAUUAUGGAAACAACCUCCUGGAGUUUCGCAACAUGGAGGUUUUCAAACAAGGCCGUUUCACCAACUCCUACAAGCUUCCUUACAACUGGAUCGGCACAGGCCAUGUGGUCUACGAUGGGGCCUUCUACUACAACCGCGCCUUCUCCCGUGACAUCAUCAAGUAUGACCUGCGUCACCGCCACGUGGCCUCCUGGACCAUGCUGCACGACGCCCUGUUCGAGGAAUCGUCAUCACCGUGGGAGUGGCGCAGUCACUCGGACAUCGACUUUGCCGUGGAUGAGAGCGGCCUGUGGAUCAUCUACCCGGCGAUGGAUGACGAGGGCUUCUUACAGGAAGUGAUCGUUCUGAGUCGACUCAACCCCUCAGAUCUCAGCAUGCAGAGGGAGACCACCUGGAGAACUGGGUUCAGGAGAAACCGCUAUGGGAACUGCUUCAUUGUAUGUGGCGUCCUUUAUGCUGUUGACAGCAAAAACCGAAGAGAAGCCAACCUGGAAUACGCCUUCGACACGCACACAAACACUCAGAUGAUUCCCCGAAUGCCCUUCAUCAACAACUACACCUACACCACGCAGAUUGACUACAAUCCCAAAGAGGGCGUAUUGUAUGCGUGGGACAAUGGACACCAAGUCACAUACAACAUUAAGUUUGCUUAUGUUGACCCUUAGUGAGGGCUUUAAAGUUGUUAUUUUAAAAGCUAAUUCUAUGGUUUGAAUGGAUUGUAGAUCGGUCCACGUGGCCCUCAGCGUGGAGACAAAUGGGGGCCACAUGUACAUACAGUGGGGUCCAAGACACACAUUUGAACCCCACUGUACAUAUUUCAGUAUAUUGUAUUUGAAUUGCUUUGUUCAUAUCAAGAAUGUUUCACCUGAAAUAAAUGGGAAAAUGUGCCUGAUUCCUCAGGUUGUACUGUAUAUUCAAUAAUGCUGUAAAAAAAAAAAAAAAAAGGAAAAAAAUGAAUGUAGAAAGGUGGCAGGAUGACUCAAUGGCUUGGGUCAAAGCGAUUUACAAAAAAUAAUUAAUAAAUGCUUUCUCUCUGAACAAAUCCCCAACUUCUGUGGCCAAAUUCAAUUUUUCUGUUUUAUACACAUUUUAUAUUCCUUUUUACUUUGCAUCAUAUGAAACAGGUUCAUUAUCUUGUGAACGCACUUAUUCCCUCCAUAUCGGACUGUUUCGUGGAGACUGCAAUAAAGUUUGGAAAUACUAGAGGAAAA